GGCGGGCCCGGUCCGGGCGGGGCGCCCGAGCUCCCGGGUCCCUGGCUCGGGUCCAGCCUGCGGCCCAGGCCGGGCGGCGGCGGCGGCGGGCGGGGUUCUGGCUGCGCGCGGUUUGGGGGUUUUUUAUAACCCUGGCAGGCGGCUCAGGAAGUGCCUUCCCCGCGCCCCCUCCCCCGGCCACGCCGCCGCGCUCGCUCCCUCCCUUCCUGCGCUGGGCGGCGAGACGGCGGCGGAGACGGCGGACGGAGGCCCCGGGCGGGCGGGCGGCCGCAGGCACUAAAGAAGAGGCUGAGGCACAGAGGGGCUCACGCACAGGUGUCCAACCCCAGGCUGCCCACUGCCACCCCCAAAAGCAGGCUGGCCUGGGGCAGAUGCCAGAGAAACCGAGCCCUCCCGGACAACCCUAGAGCUUCCAGAAAGAAGAAUCUGAAAGGAGAAGGAGUCGAACCAGGGUCGAGGCUGGAAACAGAGGGUGGAGGAGAGGUCAGAGGGACAGAUGCCACCUGUAGGUGUGAAUAAUGCUCCCUGUGGCGGGGGAUCCAAUGGCAGGGCCUAAGUCAGACAGGGUUAGUGGGAGGAGCCAAUCACUUCUGGUUUUAUCUGGGCUGAAAAUGCCCACUGACUAGCACAGCCUUCAGAUGUAUUCCACUCCAGCCUCCCCUUGCUGCACUCCUGCCUCCCCACAGGCACUCUGCCCAGCCGCACUGGCCCUUGUGCUCCUGGGUCCACACCCAGGUCCUCCCUGCCUCUGGGCCUUUGCCUCUGCUGCCCCUCUCCCUGGGCACCUUCUCCUGUCUCUUCGUGACGAGUUUCUUCUCAUCCUCCAUGCCCCAGUUUCUGAGCCUCCCUGUUAUUUCUAGAGAACUUGUCACAAUCUGAACUCCUCUGGUUUGGUCACUCCUAGGAGAUGGCCCCUCGGUGGGCAGAGACAGCAUCUAUGCCAUGCCUAUCGUUAGCCAUGAACGAGUCCUCAGGAUUAUUGUGGAAAUGAAAUGAAAUGGUGUGAAAACACUCAGGCCGGUGGCUGUUACGUAGUAGGUACCCACCGAGUCACGAUCCCCUAUGUAUCCUUGUAGCCUAGGGAGGAUGAGGGGGGUGGGGACAAGGAGAGGAAAUGCCAGGGGAGGAAUGGGCUUCAGCACUGGCCACACUGGGCAGCAGGACAAGGCACCCGCCCGGCCCCCCGACCCAACUCCUCCCUCCCAGGAGCCCGGUGAUGCUGCCCAGGCUGUGAAAAGGGGAGGCGGUGCUGUGGGGGCUGCCGGCAGCCGGGGCUGGAGAGAGACAUGUGGACACGUGGCCUCUAUGGCUCCUGCCUACCAGAUCCUCCGCUGGGCCCUUACCCUGGGGCUGGGCCUCACAUUCGAAGUCAUACACGCCUUCCAGUCUCAAGAUGAGUUCCUGUCCAGUCUGGAGAGCUAUGAGAUCGCCUUCCCCACACGAGUGGACCACAAUGGGGCCCUGCUGGCCUUCUCGCCCCCCGCACCCCGGAGGCAGCGUCGGGGCACAGGGCCAGCCCCAGAGUCCCGCCUCUACUAUAAGGUGGCCGCUCCCAGCACCCACUUCCUGCUGAACCUGACCCGCAGCCCCCGCCUUCUAGCAGGGCACGUCUCCGUGGAGUACUGGACACGGGAGGGCCUGGCCUGGCAGAGGGCUGCCCGGCCCCACUGCCUCUACGCCGGCCACCUGCAGGGUCAGGCUGGCAGCUCCCAUGUGGCCAUCAGCACCUGUGGGGGCCUGCAUGGCCUGAUUGUGGCAGAUGAAGAAGAAUAUUUGAUCGAGCCCCUGCAAGUUGGGCCCAAAGGGACCCAGGGCCCAGAGGACAGUGGCCCCCAUGUGGUGUACAAGCGCUCCUCUCUGCGUCACCCCCACCUGGACACAGCCUGCGGAGUGAGAGAUGAGAAGCCAUGGAAGGGGCGGCCAUGGUGGCUCCGUACCCUGAAGCCGCCCCCCGCCAGGCCCCUGGGGAAUGAGACCGAGCGUGGCCAGCCAGGCCUGAAGCGCUCCGUCAGCCGCGAGCGCUACGUGGAGACCCUGGUGGUGGCUGACAAGAUGAUGGUGGCCUACCAUGGGCGCCGAGACGUGGAACAGUACGUGCUGGCCAUCAUGAACAUUGUUGCCAAACUUUUCCAGGACUCAAGUCUGGGAAACAUCGUUAAUAUCCUGGUGACACGCCUCAUCCUGCUCACGGAGGACCAGCCAACCCUGGAGAUUACCCACCAUGCCGGGAAGUCCCUGGACAGCUUCUGUAAGUGGCAGAAAUCCAUCGUGAAUCGCAGCGGCCAUGGCAAUGCCAUUCCGGAGAACGGUGUGGCCAACCAUGAUACAGCAGUGCUCAUCACACGCUAUGACAUCUGCAUCUAUAGGAACAAGCCCUGUGGCACACUAGGCCUGGCCCCCGUGGGUGGCAUGUGCGAGCGGGAGAGGAGCUGCAGCAUCAACGAGGACAUCGGUCUGGCCACCGCCUUCACCAUUGCCCACGAGAUCGGACACACGUUUGGCAUGAACCACGACGGUGUAGGGAACAGCUGUGGGGCCCGUGGUCAGGACCCAGCCAAGCUCAUGGCUGCCCAUAUCACCAUGAAGACCAACCCUUUUGUGUGGUCGUCCUGCAGCCGCGACUACAUCACCAGCUUUCUGGACUCAGGCCUGGGGCUGUGCCUGAACAACCGGCCCCCCAGACAGGACUUUGUGUACCCCACGGUGGCACCUGGCCAGGCCUACGACGCAGACGAACAGUGCCGCUUCCAACAUGGAGUCAAAUCGCGUCAGUGUAAAUACGGGGAGGUCUGCAGCGAGCUGUGGUGUCUGAGCAAGAGCAACCGGUGCAUCACCAACAGCAUUCCUGCCGCCGAGGGCACGCUGUGCCAGACACACACCAUCGACAAGGGGUGGUGCUACAAGCGCGUGUGCGUCCCCUUCGGGUCGCGGCCGGAGGGCGUGGACGGGGCCUGGGGCCCGUGGACCCCGUGGGGCGACUGCAGCCGGACGUGCGGCGGCGGCGUGUCCUCCUCCAGCCGUCACUGCGACAGCCCCAGGCCAACAAUCGGGGGCAAGUACUGCCUGGGUGAGAGACGGCGGCACCGCUCCUGCAACACCGACGACUGUCCCCCGGGCUCCCAGGACUUCCGGGAAAUGCAAUGCUCUGAAUUUGACAGCAUCCCUUUCCGUGGAAAAUUCUACACGUGGAAGACAUACCGUGGAGGGGGCGUGAAGGCCUGCUCACUCACAUGCCUGGCCGAAGGCUUCAACUUCUACACAGAGAGAGCAGCCGCCGUGGUGGACGGGACGCCCUGUCGCCCUGACACAGUGGACAUUUGCGUCAGCGGCGAGUGCAAGCACGUGGGCUGCGACCGGGUCCUGGGCUCCGACCUGAGGGAAGACAAGUGUCGGGUUUGCGGUGGUGACGGCAGUGCCUGUGAAACCAUUGAGGGGGUCUUCAGCCCAGCCUCACCUGCAGCUGGGUAUGAGGAAGUCGUCUGGAUCCCCAAAGGCUCCGUCCACAUCUUCAUCCAGGACCUGAACCUCUCCCUCAGUCACCUAGCCCUGAAGGGGGACCAGGAAUCCCUGCUGCUGGAGGGGCUGCCUGGGACCCCCCAGCCCCACCGCCUGCCCCUGGCUGGGACCACCUUUCAGCUGCGACAGGGGCCAGAUCAGACGCAGAGCCUAGAAGCCCUGGGACCCAUAAACACAUCUCUCAUCAUCAUGGUACUGGCCCGGACAGAGCUGGCUGCCCUCCGCUACCGCUUCAACGCGCCCAUUGCCCGAGACGCACUACCUCCCUACUCCUGGCACUAUGCGCCCUGGACCAAGUGCUCGGCCCAGUGUGCCGGCGGCAGCCAGGUGCAGGCCGUGGAGUGCCGCAAUCAGUUGGACAGCUCGGCGGUGGCCCCCCACCAUUGCAGCGCCCACAGCAAGCUCCCCAAGAGGCAGCGCGCCUGCAACACGGAGCCUUGCCCGCCAGACUGGGUUGUAGGGAACUGGUCCCGCUGCAGCCGCAGCUGCGAUGCGGGGGUGCGCAGCCGCUCAGUGGUGUGCCAGCGCCGGGUGUCAGCCGCGGAGGAGAAGGCGCUGGAUGACAGUGCGUGCCCGCAGCCGCGCCCACCAGUUCUGGAGGCCUGCCAAGGCCCCGCUUGCCCUCCCGAGUGGGCUGCCCUGGACUGGUCAGAGUGCACCCCCAGCUGCGGGCCAGGCCUCCGCCACCGCGUCGUCCUGUGCAAGAGCUCCGACCAUCGUGCCACGCUGCCCCCUGCGCACUGCCCACUCGCAGCCAAGCCACCAGCCACCAUGCGCUGCAACUUGCGCCGCUGUCCCCCGGCCCGCUGGGUGACAGGCGAGUGGGGCGAGUGCUCCGCACAGUGUGGGAUCGGGCAGCAACAGCGCACGGUGCGCUGCUCCAGCCACACCGGCCAGCCAUCGCGCGAGUGCGCAGAGGCUCUGCGGCCCCCGUCCACACAGCAGUGCGAAGCCAAGUGCGACAGCGCGCCCCCCGGGGACGGUCCCGAAGAGUGCAAAGACGUGAACAAGGUCGCCUACUGCCCCCUGGUGCUCAAAUUUCAGUUCUGCAGCAGAGCCUACUUCCGCCAGAUGUGCUGCAAAACCUGCCAUGGCCGCUAGGGGCCCCCCGCCAGAGCUACCGCUGGGCGCCGGCUGGAGGGGACCCCGCCCGCAGCUGGCCCCCUGAAGGAGCCCGAGGGGGCGGGAGCUGGGAGUAAAGGGUGAGACGAAGCCGGAAGUUAUUUAUUGGGAACCCCUAAAGGGCCCCUGGCUGGGGGAUGGAGAGGGGCUACCCACCCCAGGGCCCCUCCUCAUCCCCUCUCCCAGUUCAUAGUGAGACCCUCUCCCAGUUCAUAGUGAGACCCUCUCCAAGGUGGGUUUGAGGAGGGAACAACUAACUGUUCGCCCUCGAGCCCUUUUCACCCACUCCUAGGGAGCCCCUAAUACGGCCCCCCCUUUGACCGGAAUAUGUACUGUGAAGAGUGGGGGUUGGGAGGGGGUCUGCCUGUGUCCUGCCCCCAGCACUGCCCUAUUCCUCCACUCUGAGCUGGGGGCGGGGGAGGGGGAGGGUCUAUGUCCGCUAUAGGGGAGGGGGAUUAGCACCACCUCCCUGACACCCUCCCCCUGACCAGACCAGCUACAAGGCUGAGGCAGAGCUGGCAAGAUCCACCACAACCUCUGCCCUGCCUGCCCCAGGGGGACCCCGACAUCCAGGCGCCCCCAUCAUGGUGCUACAGACCCUGCCCUGGGGCCCACACACCCCUCGCCAGGAAGCCCUCCAUCAAUAAAGUUCUGUCUUGUGUA